AAGAAGUUCCCAUACUUGUGUGUUGGCUGAGGGAUUCUUACCUUUGGCUCUAGGGACAUGGGAGGAGGAAGGGACAGGCGUUAGUGGCUGCUUCGACCUGAGCUGGAGUUUGGGGUGAUGACUCUGGGUGGGACUGUCUGUGACCGUCCCAGAGGCCCUGCAGGGGGGCGUCGGGCUGUCUCUGAGAAGGGGACAGGAGGCCUCCUGAGAUUGACCCCAGAUAGAAGCUUCCACGCCCGUCUCCAUUUCCUCGGAGCUGCCCUCUCGCCUACAUCCCUGCUAAGGCAACCGCCUCGCUGCCUUGUUUACCUGUGCUUCCUCCCGACCUGUGGGCUUCUCCAGAUGGGCAACUCGUACGCCGGCCAGCUGAAGACCACACGGUUCGAGGAGGUUUUGCACAACUCCAUCGAGGCCUCCCUGCGCUCCAACAGCCUGGUACCCAGGCCUGUCUUCUCCCAGUUGUACCUGGAAGCCGAGCAGCAGCUCUCUGCCCUAGAAGGUGGCGGCCGAGUGGACAAUGAGGAAGAGGAAGAGGAGGGAGAAGGGGCUCUGGAACAGAGCUGUACCCCAAAUCCCUACCAGCUGCACCCCCCACCUGAAGGAAGCUGCACCACGGAUGGGUUCUGCCAGGCGGGGAAGGACCUGCGUCUGGUCUCCAUCUCCAGCGAGGCCAUCGACGUCCCCGCGGGCUUCCUCCUCGUGGGGGCCAAGUCCCCCAGCCUGCCGGACCACCUCCUGGUGUGUGCCGUCGACAAGAGGUUCCUGCCCGAUGACAAUGGCCACAAUGCCCUUCUGGGUUUCUCUGGGAAUUGUGUCGGCUGUGGCAAGAAGGGCUUCUGCUACUUCACGGAGUUUUCCAAUCACAUAAAUCUGAAGCUGACCACCCAGCCCAAGAAGCAGAAACACUUGAAGUACUACCUGAUCCGCAACGCACAAGGCGCUCUGACCAAAGGGCCUCUCAUUUGCUGGAAAGGCUCAGAAUUCAGAAGCCGACAGAUGCCCGCUGGUGCGGGCUCCAGCUCUCUGUUCCUGCCGCUGGAGAGCGCAGGGCCGCCAGCUCCCUUUCCCAGCGAACCUGGUCCUGGGGUGAACCCGAGCAUCCCGCUGGGAGCACUGCAAGCAGGACCAGCCUCUGACCACCCCGCACUGACCGCAGCAGUGGGUCCGGCUGUUUUCAACGGCAAAGACUCGCCAAAGCACCAGCCGCCGGUGAAGACCCAUCUGUCCGCCGUGCCGCGUCCCUCGGCCUUAGGUAUCUUAGCAAACGCCGGGCCCCCCAAGAAACGCCACAAAGGGUGGUCUGCAGAAUCUCCAUCUGCUGCAGGUGGUGGGAACAGAGCGAAGUGUGAGAGCGCAGGCUUGACCUGCGUGCCCCAGGUUGGCUUGGUGGGACCAGCUUCAGUCACCUUUCCCGUCGUGGCCUCUGGAGAGCCCGUGUCUGUUCCUGACAACUUGCUGAAGAUAUGCCAGGCCAAGCCGGUCAUCUUUAAAGGCCACGGGAACUUCCCUUACCUGUGCGGGAACCUGAACGACGUCGUCGUGAGCCCCCUCCUGUACACCUGCUACCAGAACUCCCAGUCCAUCUCCAGGGCCUACGAGCAGUACGGCGCCUCCACCAUGCAGCCCAUCUCAGAGGAGAUGCAGCUCCUGCUGACCGUCUACUACCUCGUCCAGCUGGCGGCCGAUCAGGUGCCCCUGAUGGAGGACCUGGAGCAGAUCUUCCUGCGCUCCUGGCGCGAGUCGCACCUGACGGAGAUCCGGCAGUACCAGCAGGCGCCCCCCCAGCCCUUCCCGCCCGCGCCCAGCGCCGUGGCGCCCGUGACCUCGGCGCAGCUGCCCUGGCUGGCCGGCCUGGCCGCCAGCUCCUGCAACAACAGCGUGCAUGUCAUCGAGUGCGCCUACUCCCUGGCCGAGGGCCUCUCCGAGAUGUUCCGGCUGCUCAUCGAGGGCAAGCUGGCCAAGACCAACUACGUGGUGAUUAUCUGCGCCUGCCGGAGCCCCGCCAUCGACUCCUGCAUCGCCGUCACCGGAAAAUACCAAGCCCGGAUUCUUUCUGAGAGCCUCCUCACCCCAGCCGAGUACCAGAAAGAAGUCAAUUAUGAGCUGGUUACGGGGAAGGUGGACUCGCUGGGAGCUUUCUUUAGCACCCUCUGUCCAGAGGGCGACAUUGACAUUUUGCUGGACAAAUUUCAUCAGGAGAAUCAAGGCCAUAGUUCUUCGUCACUCACUGCCUCCUCUGUCACCAAAUCGGCACCCCUGGAUGUCAGUGGGACACCAGCGUGCACAAGUUCCCAGCUGGAGGGUCACAGCAUCCGGCCCUUCCAGCUGGCCGUGGCCCAGAAGCUCCUCUCCCACGUGUGUUCAAUUGCGGAUUCCAGCACCCAGAACCUGGACUUAGGAUCCUUCGAGAAGGUGGACUUUCUGAUUUGUAUUCCACCCUCAGAAGUCACCUACCAGCAGACGCUCUUCCACGUCUGGCAUUCAGGGGUCCUGCUGGAGCUCGGCUUGGAAAAGGAGCACGUGACCAAGCAGAGGGUGGAGCAGUAUGUGCUGAAGCUGGAUGCCGAGGCACAGACCAAGUUCAAGGUCUUCCUGCAAAACUCCUUUCAGAAUCCGCACACCCUCUUUGUCCUCAUCCACGACCACGCCCACUGGGACCUCGUGAGUAGUGCUGUCCACAACCUCUAUUCGCAAAGCGACCCGUCCGUGGGGCUGGUGGACAGAUUGCUCAACUGCAAAGAGGUGAAGGAAGCCCCCAACAUCGUGACGCUCCACGUGACCUCCUUCCCUUACGCGCUGCAGACGCAACACACCCUCAUCAGCCCUUACAACGAGAUCCACUGGCCUGCCUCCUACAGUAACGGAGUGGACUUGUAUCCUGAGAAUAAGAAGUACUUCGGGCUGUCGGAGUUCAUCGAAUCCACCCUCUCUGGACACAGCCUGCCCUUGCUCAGAUACGACAGCUCUUUUGAGGCCAUGGUCACUGCCCUGGGAAAGAGGUUCCCCCGCCUGCACAGCGCGGUGAUCAGGACCUUUGUUCUCGUGCAGCACUACGCGGCCGCGCUGAUGGCCGUGAGCGGCCUCUCGCACAUGAAGAGCUACACGUCCGUGGAGACGCUGGAGAUCACCCAGAACCUCCUCAGCGCCCCGAAGCAGUGCCCUUGUGGCCACGGGCUCAUGGUCCUGCUGCGGGUGCCCUGCUCACCGCUGGCAGCCGUGGCCUACGAGCGGCUGGCCCACGUGCGGGCGCGGCUGGCCCUGGAGGAGCACUUCGAGAUCAUCCUGGGCAACCCCAGCUCUGGCAUCUCCAUCGGGAAGCACUUCUUGAAGCAGCUCAAGAUGUGGCAGAAAAUUGAGGAUGCGGAGUGGAGGCCUCAGACGUACCUGGAGCUGGAGGGCCUGCCUUGCAUCCUAAUCUUCAGCGGGGUGGACCCGCAUGGGGAGUCCUUACCAAGGUCUCUGCGGUACUGUGACCUGCGGCUGAUAAACUCAUCCUGCCUGGUGAGGACGGCGCUGGAGCAGGAGCUGGGCCUGGCCGCUUCCUUUGUGAGCAGUGAGGUUCCCCUGGAGAAGGGGGCCCGGCCGGAGGCCUUGGAGAGCGACGCCGAGAAGCUGAGCAGCACCGACAACGAGGACGAGGAGCUGGUGACGGAAGGCUCCACCUCGGAGAAGAGGAGCCCCGUGAAGAGAGAGCGAUCCCGCUCCCACGACUCGGCGUCUUCAUCCCUCUCCUCUAAGGCAUCCAGCUCCGCACCGGGCGGUGAGCCCUCGGCCCAGCCGGCAGGGCCCUCGCAGGGGGAGCAGGCGCGAUCGCCGCAGCCCUGCGGCCCCUCGGAGGAGGGCAGGGCCCCUGGGGAGAGAAAGAGGGCCCGGGCGGCGGGCCGGGGGCCGCCGUCCGUCAUCAGCAGGCACAGCCCCGGUCUGGCCCCCCAGCCGGACCCUGGCCUCAAGAGCUGCCAGCGGAGCAUCCAGGGCUCGGUGCCCUCGUCGUCCUCCCAGCUCUCGUCCUCGGGCUCGUCCUCGUCGUCCACGGCGGCCCCCGCCGGCCCGCUCGUGCUGCAGGCCACCCAGUGCUCCGUGACCCGGGCCUGCCGGCAGCCGCCCGUGGUCUUCCUGCCCAAGCUGGUGUACGACGUGGUCACGUCCACCGACAGCAGCGGCCUGCCCAAGGCCGCCUCGCUGCUGCCCUCGCCGGCGGUCAUGUGGGCCAGCUCGUUCCGGCCCCUGCUCAGCAAGACGAUGACGUCCACGGAGCAGUCGCUGUACUACCGCCAGUGGACGGUGCCCCGGCCCAGCCACAUGGACUACGGCAACCGCGCCGAGGGCCGCGUGGACGGCUUCCACCCGCGCCGCCUGCUGCUCAGCGGGCCCCCCCAGAUCGGGAAGACAGGCGCCUACCUGCAGUUCCUCAGCAUUUUAUCCAGAAUGCUCAUUCGGCUGACGGAAGUGGAUGUUUACGAUGAAGAGGAGAGCAAUAUCCACCUCAGAGACGAAGCGGACUGGCAGUACCUGCAGCUCACUGACCCCUGGCCGGACCUGGAGCUGUUCAAGAAGUUGCCUUUCGACUACACUAUUCAUGACCCCAAGUACCAGGAUGCCAGUCUCAUCUGCUCACACCAUCAGCGCAUAAAGAGCGAAGACAGAGGGACGCACCGGAAGCCAGACGACCUCUACGUGCGGCGGCAGACGGCGCGGAUGAGGUUGUCCAAGUACGCGGCGUACAACACGUACCACCACUGCGAGCAGUGCCACCAGUACAUGGGCUCCCACCCCCGCUACCAGCUCUAUGAGUCCACCCUGCACGCCUUUGCCUUCUCUUACUCCAUGCUAGGAGAGGAAAUCCAGCUCCACUUCAUCAUCCCCAAGUCCAAGGAGCACCACUUCGUCUUCAGCCAACCUGGGGGCCAGCUGGAGAGCAUGCGGCUGCCUCUCGUCACAGACAAGAGCCACGAAUACAUAAAAAGCCCGACGUUCACCCCCACCACGGGCCGACACGAGCACGGACUCUUUAACCUGUACCACGCGAUGGAUGGCGCCAGCCAUCUGCACGUGCUGGUGGUCAAGGAGUAUGAGAUGGCCAUUUAUAAGAAGUACUGGCCCAACCACAUCAUGCUCGUGCUCCCGAGCAUCUUCAACAGCGCCGGAGUGGGCGCUGCCCACUUCCUGAUCAAGGAGCUGUCCUACCACAACCUGGAGCUGGAGCGGAACCGGCAGGAGGAGCUGGGCAUCAAGCCGCAGGACAUCUGGCCUUUCAUCGUGAUUUCCGACGACUCCUGCGUCAUGUGGAACGUGGUGGACAUGGACGGCGGCGGCGGGGAGAGAAGCAGGGAGUUUUCCUGGACGGAGAGAAACGUCUCCUUGAAGCACAUCAUGCAGCACAUUGAGGCGGCCCCCAACAUCACCCACUACGCCCUGAUCGGCUUGCGGAAGUGGUCCAGCAAGACCGGGAGCCGCGAGGUGCGCGAGCCCUUCUCCCGCUGCCACGUGCACGACUUCAUCAUCUUGAACGUGGACUUGACCCAGAACGUGCAGUACAACCAAAAUCGGUUCAUGUGUGACGACGUGGACUUCAACCUGCGCGUGCACAGCGCCGGCCUCCUGCUCUGCCGCUUCAACCGCUUCAGCGUGAUGAAGAAGCAGAUCGCGGUGGGCGGGCACCGGUCUUUCCACAUCACGUCCAAGGUGUCUGGCAACCCCAUGGCCGUCGUGCCCUCCCAGUACAUCUGUGCCCCCGACAGCAAGCACACGUUCCUCGCGGCCCCCGCGCAGCUCCUGCUGGAAAAGUUCCUCCAGCACCACAGCCACCGCUUCUUCCCACUGUCCCUGAAGAACCACGGCCACCCCGUGCUGUCUGUCGACUGCUACCUUAACCUGGGGUCACAGAUCUCCGUGUGUUACGUGAGCUCCAGGCCCCACUCUUUAAACAUCAGCUGCUCCGACUUCAUGUUCAGUGGCCUCCUGCUGUACCUCUGUGACUCUUUUGUGGGAGCCGGCUUUUUGAAAAAGUUUCAUUUUCUGAAAGGUGCGACCUUGUGUGUCAUCUGCCAGGACCGGAACUCACUCCGCCAGACGGUCGUCCGCCUGGAGCUGGAAGACGAGUGGCAGUUCCGGCUGCGAGACGAGUUCCAGACGGCCAAUGCCAAGGAGGACCGGCCCCUCUUCUUUCUGACCGGCCGGCACAUCUGAGGGAGGAGCCUGCAGAGCCUCGCGCUGCUGAGGCCAAAGGAAGAAUCAGAACCAUGGGGUGUCUGGACUGGACCGGGCCCCAGCGAGCCCCUCAUGGUACGUGCCAGGGAAGCGAGGCCCAGAGACGGAUGGGAGCGACGGGGAUGGUGGGUGGCGAGCAGCAACGCAAAUCCUAGACCCUAGGUUCCGGGCCAGACCCCACCGCCCUGUGUCCAAGUCCAUCUUUCUGAAGAACCAAGUUUUGCCGAUGUCGCCGCAUCCACAUGCUUCUGUGGACAAACCUGACUUUUCUCUUAGUCCCGAGGGAUCACUCUUGGAUGGCUUUGUAGACGUGCCAGCAUUGCAGAUGACGGCUCUGAUUUGGGUGGUGUAGGCGUCCCUGUUACCUGUGACAAAGCAAUGUUCCCAAAGAACCGUUUUAAUUGUAAAGGUUGGAGACCAGACACCACCAAGCAGUCAUUUAAUGAGAAUCAUGCACGUUUGCUCUUGUAGAAGCUCGCCCACAGGCAUCACAUUCAGAAAGGAAAACUCUAGUUUCGGUUCAGAGCAAAUGCCAUUCUGAUAGUAUAGGGUAAACACCCUACCUCUUAGAAAGGGCAAAAGUGAAAAGAAAUUUAAAAAAAAAAAAAAAAAAAAACCAACUGCAAGAGUUUCAGGAAGGAAGUUAGAGUUACAGAGGUUGACCUUGAGAAAGAUGAUUUGCCUUACAAAGGAAAGAGGCCCCAGUGGCUUACUUCAAACAGGGAAAACAACCAAAGCAAGAUAGCCUAUACUUAAGAACUAGACUUCUGACUCUUAUUUAUGGAGGCUCGGUGUUCAGUUCCUUGAAUCGCUUGUCUUCUCCUAUGAAUGUUUGGUCCCCGACCGGAGAGGAAGGGGGACAGACGAGGCAGCCGGGAGGUUCCGCGAUGCCCACACUCCUUUGCCUGCCAGCGUGCCAGAGCGCCCCCUAGAGGCCGGCCUUGGGUCAGGUGCUUUCCCAGAUCUUGCGGGACCCUUCCAGCAGCCUGGCUGGGUGGAGUCAUGCUUCCCAUUUGAAAGAUGAGCCGGUCGAGGUGCAGUGUGCACCUCACCAGGAGCCCACAGUUUGGAGAGAAGCAGAAGCAGAGUCCUGGAUUCUGGAUUCCAGGGUCCAUCUCCCCCCAACCCCACAUUGCUGAUGGAGUGGCCUGUAACCAAAGAAAAAUCGAGAGCUGCUCAGAAGUGAAGCAGCAGCGUGCCCUCGUCUCUGUCCGUCCUGGACCUGUAUGAGCACUCGGAUGGGUGACAGCCCGAGAAGAAGUCCUUUUCAAAGACGAUGCCAAAGAGUUAAUGUCAGUGUUUUCUUCCCUAAGAAAAAAAAAGUCCAUGAGUAGAAAAGAUUUAGGUCAUGUUUCUAAAAUGAUCACUUUGUACCUGUCAUUAUUCCUAUUUUGGAGUAAAAACUUACCUUCUGUUCUACUUGUUUUUUGUAAAUAGCCACUUCUGGGCUGCUCUUCCCAUUUUAUUAGUUAAUUUAAACUUGAAAAAAAAAACUAAUAUUCUUGUUCGUUUCAGCCUUAUGAAUAAAAUUUGUGAUGCGUG